GUCAGAGCUGCCCCGACACUCACUCAUACUCGAUAUGAGAACACUGUGGAACUCUCUGUACCUAAUGCUGGGGAGAUUCACAGAGCAGUACCCUGCGAUUCAAGGAUAGGGACAGGUAGAGAUGGAUAGACAAGUUUAGACAAAAACACCAGUACAAAAUACAAAUUCAAAGAACAGUAUUAGAGUGAAUCUGAUAAAUCUGCUAAUUUAGGGAUUGCAUAUGUUAGGUGUUUUUUUUUUAAGAAAAAUGAGAAUAUUUCUAACUCCAUGUGUUUUAAAUUAUUUUACAUACAGACUUGCUCGCCUAACUGAGGAGGAUUUUAGGAAAGCUGAAGACUUCAUCAACGUGAUGAAGGUGCUCUACACCUCAACACUCUGCGUGUCCUCCGAAAAGAGUCCCACAUGCGGACAGAUUCUGCCUAUCCUCAAAAAGCUUGAGGCACACCUGGCUGUAAAAGAGGGAGACACAGUCUUUGUUUCAAACCUUAAAAAACAGGUUUGGGCACACCUAUCCAAGCAUUACCAGACUGAUGAGAUCAGGAACUUUCUCCAAGUGGCCACUGUGUUGGAUCCACGCUUUAAACAUAAACUGGAUGAUGACACGGCUGACACCACCUGGGACCAGAUCCAGAAUAAUCUGAUUGAACAGGGGAAAUGUCAUUCAUGCACAACUGUCCUUUUCAGCUAUUACAAUCUAUGAUCUAAAUACUAAUUAUGUUCUUUGUAGUCAACAGAGGAAGACGGUGGAGCUGAUGGGGACACCAUGCAGUCUGAGAAUGAGGAUGAGCAGGAGAGUAAACAGGCUCCCUGCAAACUGCCCAGGAAGACUCCACUGGAGGAGCUGUUCGCUGAGGAAGAGGCACAGAACAUUGUGUCACAGCAGAGCUCCAUGUCCAUCAAGAAACAAGUGGAGAGAGAGCUGCAGAUAUACCAGGAAGUUCCACUGGUCCUUAUGUCGGAGGACCCUGCUGCAUGGUGGUGGAACCAACAAAAGACUUAUCCUUUGCUGUCAAAUCUCGCUUUCUCAUAUUUAUGCGUUCAAGCUUCUUCUACACCCAGCGAACGUGUUUUCUCCACAGCAGGAGAUACUAUCUGUCCAGAACGCUCACGCAUUUUGCCUGAGAAGAUAUGAUCAUUUUUCUAAACAAGAACUGUUUUUGAUUUUAUACUGUACCUGCUGCUAAUCUGGACUGGGUUUUACCAGUUGUUUCUUAUUGUUUGUUUGCUAUUUUGCACCAGUGGCCGGUUGCAUAAACAUAGCCGUGACGUUAAAGGGGACCUUCCAUGAAAAUCAGACUUUUUCCAUGUUUAAGUGCUAUAAUCGGGUCCCCAGUGCUUCUACCAACCCAGAAAACAUGAAAAAUAGCAACCCUGUAACUUUGUUUUGGUAAGGCUCUCUCUGCAAGCAUGUGAAUAAAUAGGUCAUGUGGAUUUCGCUCCCCGCAUGACGUAGCUAAGGGAUCUUAUUAUAAUGAUACCGCCCCUUCAACUGCGCUAUCCAACCAUGAACGGCCUCACGAGUGCGAUAGACAGAGAGAAAGAAUGACUGACAGCACGACGCGUUUGUAUUCCAUCAAACACAAACAGGAGCCUACAAUCUUAUAACUUGUAGUUUUAAUAAUCGUUCUAAAUAUUGAAUUAACGUUCUAAAGGAUUAACGUUACCUUAGUGCAAGAGAGAGAGAGAGCGAGUGAGCGAACGAACGAGAGAGAGAGCAACGCGACGGUUCGCUUUCAAGUAAGUUAUGUUGUUUAAUAUGUUUCUCUGAAGUUUAUAUGAAUGAACACGAGGAUUAAUGCACUGCACGAGACAGAGUGAGUGAACAACGCGUAUUCACCAUCAUACACAAUAAGUAAAUAUGUUGUUUAAUGUUUCUCUGAAGUUUCAAAUGAAUGAGGAGUUACAAAAUAGAUGAGAGACUGACAGAAACGCGAAUGUGUUCAAUAUGUGUACACAAUAAACUUAAACAUGUCAUUUGAUCUGUUUCUCUAAAGUUUAAGCAUUAAACGUGUUGUUUUAUUACAGAUCAUUUAAAUGUGCUCGUGUGGUUUGGUCAAAAAGUAAACUUCUGAGUGUUUGUGGAAGUGUAAUUUAUGUAGUGGAACCUCCAUGACACUAGAGGGCACACCAGUUCAGUAAGAUUUAUAUAGUGAAUGUAUCGAAAGUAAGUGAAUAAGAAAUAAAUGGAUGUUCAGUGACUGAGCUGUGUAUGUGUUGUGAAUCGAUCUAACCAUCUGUUACAUGGUGUCAGAAGUGUUUUUCAAACCCUGAAAAGACGGAACAAGAAGCAAGCGCCUGGGAUUAAGCGUGAGUCAACAGUAAAAAUAUGGAUCAGAUAUUUUCGCUGACGCCUCCGGGAAGCUUCAAUUUUGACGAGCCCAGUGCAUGGCCACAGUGGAUGCGCCGUUUUGAGCGAUUCCGCGUAGCAUCGGGACUCGCAGAUAAACCCUCUGACUACCAGGUAAACUCGCUUCUUUACAUUAUGGGGGAGAAGAGUGACGAUAUUUUGAAUUACCCCUAAGUGAGGAAGAGAAAAAGAGUUAUGAAGAAGUCAAGAAGGCUUUAAGUGAGCACUUUGUUGGCAGACAUAACGUAAUCUACGAGAGAGCGAAAUUCAAUAGCAGAUUUCAACAGCCUGGCGAAGCAGUAGAGAGUUUUAUCACGGACGUGUAUAAACUUGCGGAACACUGCAAAUAUGGUGAUUUACAUGAGGAAAUGAUCAGAGACCGUAUUGUAGUGGGCAUAAGAGACGCAAAGCUCUCAGAAAAACUGCAACUUGAUCCAAAUUUGACAUUGGACAAAACGAUAACCCAAGUCAGACAAAAUGAAGAAAUAAAACGCCAGCAGCCAGUAAUUAGACGUGAAAAGUCUGAUGUGAAAGAAGUAAAUGUGGAUGCAGUCAUGACAAAGAGAACAUCUAAAACAAGAAUGAAAACAAUGAGAGCAGAGGGGACAGCACAAAGAACACAGAGUACAUAUGAUGCAGCUCAGAAAAUUAAACAGAUGGAUGCCUGCAAAAGAUGUGGGAAAAGUCCACAGCACUCGUGGAAAAUGUGUCCAGCCAGAGAAGCAGAAUGCAGAAAAUGCAGGAAAAAAGGACAUUUUGCUGCAGUUUGCCGGUCAGCUCCAAGACUUGAAACGAUAGUUGAUAGCUCUUAUGAGUCUGCUUUUUUAGGAGCAAUUCAGACUCAAAAACAAGAAAAUAUGUGGCAACAGGAAAUCCUGGUGAAUACAGAACAAAUCACCUUCAAAAUCGAUACAGGCGCCGCAGUCACAGCGAUUCCAGCUUCUACAGUAUGUAUUCAGCUGAAAAGCAAGGGAAACUCAAAGAUUCUAAAAAGAUGAUCUUAGGCCCUAACAAUACUCCUUUGAAGGUGAUGGGUAAAUUCAGCGCAUGUCUGCAAAAGGACAAAAAGAAGAUUCGGCAGGAUAUUUAUGUUGUAAUGGAUUUAGUGAUGCCAUUAUUGGGAUUACCUGCAAUCCAAGGUUUACAGUUACUACAGCAGGUAGCCAACAUACACGAACCUGGAGAGCAGUACAAAGCAAUGUUCCCUAAGGUCUUCUCGGGUCUCGGGAAAUUGGAGGGCAGCUACAAUAUCAAACUGGCAGAUGGAGCUGUUCCAUCAGCCCCACGACGCGUACCACUGCCACUUAUGGAGCGAGUGAAAAUGGAACUCCACAGAAUGGAAGAGAUGGGAGUCAUUCGACGAAUCGAAGAGCCUACCUCAUGGUGUGCAGGAAUGGUAGUCGUACCAAAACCAAACGGCAAUAUCAGGAUUUGCGUGGAUUUCACAAGGCUGAACAAACACGUUUGCAGAGAAAGACACAUACUGCCAGCUGUGGAUGAGACUUUAGGGCAGCUAGAGGGAGCAGCUGUGUUUUCAAAAUUAGAUGCCACAUCUGGAUUCUGGCAGAUACCCUUAAACGAAGACUCAGAGCCGUUAACAACAUUUAUUACACCCUUAGGGAGAUAUUGUUUCCGGCGUCUUCCUUUCGGGAUAUCUUCGGCCCCGGAGCACUUCCAGCUCAGGAUCGCACAGAUCGUCGCAGGGACGACUGGAACUCUUUGCCAUGCAGAUGAUAUCCUAGUGUUUGGAAAGGAUGAGAACAAACACAAUAAGAGACUGUGUGAGGUGCUGAGGAAGUUUGAAAAAGCAGGACUGACGCUGAACAACAAGUGUGCGUUUGCAGUUGAUAGAGUAAAGUUCCUAGGACACACUGUAAGCGCCCAAGGCAUCGAAGCAGACCAGGACAAGAUUAAAGCCAUCGUCAACAUGCCUGAACCCCAGAAUGUGGAAGGAGUCAGACGUUUCAUUGGGAUGGUUAAUUAUGUCGGGAAGUUUUCACCUCAUCUGCCGACUCUCACAAAACCACUGAGAGACCUGUUAAAGAAUGACAGCACCUGGAUAUGGGAUGCGCAGCAGAAAGA